GGUAACUCUCGGGCACCUUCACCCUCCCGGCCGGGGUGAAGUCCCCUUCGGCAGUCUAAAGCUGUUUCUACUUCAAAGUAUUGUUUUUCACUGGUUCUCAGGUCAAAAUCUUCAUAAAACAUAGUGACCAAUUACUCUGACAUUUGCAGUGAAAUCCAUCGGGAAGUGAUUGAACUGAACGUGUUCACCAGCGCAGUCACAUUGAAAGUGGUUUGGAUCAGGAAGUGCUGAGUGUGAACAUGGCUUCCAGACAGCAGCUCCUGAGUCUGACCGAGGAGACAAUUUGUCCCAUUUGUCUGGAUUUCUUCACCGAUCCGGUUACACUGGAUUGUGGACACAACUACUGCCGCUCCUGUAUCACCCAGAUUUGGGAAAAGAAGGAGAUAAACUCCUGCCCGGAAUGUAGAGAGGUGUUUCCGGAAAGAAACCUCAGGGUAAAUCGGGCCCUAGCGAAUCUGGCCGAGGAGUAUCGAAAAUUAAAGCUGGAUCCGACAGAGAAGGAAAGUAAACUUCACUGUGAAGUACAUCAGAGAGAACUGGAGCUGUUUUGUGAAACUGACAAGAAAUUGAUCUGUGUGUUUUGUGUAACUGCGGAACACAGACAGCACAACUUCCUGCCGAUCAAUGAAGCUGUUGAAAUCUACAAGAAUAAGCUGAAAUCUUCCUUAGAUUCUCUCACAGAGAAGAAAUUGGCGGUUCUACAAACGGAACUGACCCAGAAACGGAAGAUUUCCGAAGUGAGGGAACAGGCGAGCAGUCUGCAGACCCACAUCACAUCCGAGUUCACUAAAAUGCACCAGAUUCUCACUGAGAAAGAGCAGCGUUUACUCAGAGAUCUCAGGGAAGAAGAGGAGAGGAUUGUAGAACCAAUGGAGAAAAACCUUCGAGAGAUUCAGGAGAAUUUAAAUUCUAUCGAGGAGAAACUCUCAAAGUUGCAGAAACAGAUGGAACAAAAAGACGAAUUGAUGUUUCUGAAGGAGGAAGCUGGUCGGAAGAGAAGUGUUACUGAGGAGAAGAACACACUCACAGCUGCUGGUGCCUCUCUAUCUCUCAAACAGUUCACUUGCCCUUUGCUGUGCACAGUCUGGAGAGAAACAAUACACACUAUUUAUCCAGCUCCAGCCUCUCUGACUCUGGAUCCGAACACAGCGAAUCCCUGGCUCAUCCUGUCUGAGGACCGGACCAGUGUGAGAAUCGGUGACACAGAGCAGCCGCUCCCUAACUCCCCGGAGAGAUUUGAUUUCUGCCCCUGUGUCCUUGGGUCAGAGGGAUUCACAUCAGGGAGACAUUACUGGGAGGUGGAGGUGGGGGAGAAGACCUGCUGGUAUCUGGGAGUGGUCCGAGAGUUUGUGAAGAGGAAAAGGGGGAUCACCCCGAGCCCGGAGACUGGAUUCUGGAUUGUGAGGCUGUUACCCAGAUGUGGUUAUUUUGCCGCCACCUCCCCCUCUGAGACCCCCCUCUUCCCGAGUGUGAAUCCCCGUAAGAUCGGGGUUUUCCUGGACUAUGAGGGUGGACAAGUGUCAUUUUACAAUGCGGACACCAUGUCCCAUCUCCACACUUUCACCCACACUUUCACUGAGAGGAUCUUUCCCUUCUUCCAUCCGGGAGGGAAUGACGGCGGGAAAAACUCCGCCCCGCUGACAAUCUGCGGGAUUAAAGGGCAUAUUGAAGGAGGAGACAUAGACCUGAUCAAACCCACCCUGCUGCAACUUCAAAUGUUCCUUCUCAUCAAGAUUUACCAACGCAGGAACAUUGAAACUGAAAGCGGUUUGAAUCAGGAAGUACUGAGGGUGAACAUGGCUUCCAGACAGCAGGGAGAGAGUUGGACCGAGGAGGCAGUUUGUCCCAUUUGUCUGGAUUUCUUCACCGAGCCGGUUAUACUGGAUUGUGGACACAACUUCUGCCGCUCCUGUAUCUCCCAGAGUUGGGAAAAGAAGGAGAUAAACUCCUGCCCGCAAUGUAGAGAGGUGUUUCCGGAAAGAAACCUCAGGGUAAAUCGGGCCUUAGCAAAUCUGGCGGAGAAAGCUCGAAAAUUAAAGCUGGAUCCGAAAGAGAAGGAAAGUAAACCUCACUGUGAGGUACAUCAGAGAGAACUGGAGCUGUUUUGUGAAAAUGACAAGAAAUUGAUCUGUCUGAUUUGUAGAGAUUCGCGGGAACACAGAGAGCACCGCUUCCUGCCGAUCAAUGAAGCUGUUGAAAUCUACAAGGAUCAGCUGAAAUCUUCUUUAGAUUCUCUCACAGAGAAGAAAUCGGUGGUUCUCCAAACGGAACUGACCCAGAAACGGAAGAUUUCCGAAGUGAGGGAACAGGCGAUCAGUCUGCAGACCCACAUCACAUCCGAGUUCACUAAAAUGCACCAGAUUCUCACUGAGAAAGAGCAGCGUUUACUCAGAGAUCUCAGGGAAGAAGAGGAGAGGAUUGUAGAACCAAUGGAGAAAGACCUUCGAGAGAUUCAGGAGAAUUUAAAUUCUAUUGAAGAGGAACUCUCAAAGUUACAGAAACAAAUGGAACAAAAAGACGAGCUAAUAUUUCUGAAGGAGGAAGCUUGUUGGAAGAGAAGAAUUAGUCAGCAGGGGAAUGAAUUCUCAGCUGCUGACAGCUCUCUGUCUCUCGCACAGUUCACUGGCCCUUUACAGUACACAGUCUGGAGAGAAAUGAUACACACCAUUCACCCAGCUCCAGCCUCUCUGACUCUGGAUCCGAACACAGCGCAUCCCCUGCUCAUCCUGUCUGAGGACCGGACCAGUGUGAGACUUGGAGACACAGAGCAGCCGCUCCCUGACUCCCCGGAGAGAUUUGAUUCAUGGGAAUGUGUCCUGGGAUCAGAGGGAUUCACAUCAGGGAGACAUUACUGGGAGGUGGAGGUGAGGGAGAAGACCUGGUGGUAUCUGGGAGUGGCCCGAGCGUCUGUGAAGAGGAAAGGGAGGAUUAUCCCGAGCACGGAGACUGGAUUCUGGAUUGUGAGGCUGUUAUCCGGAUGGGGUUAUUUUGCCGCUACCUCCCCCUCACGGACCCCCCUCUCCCUGAGUGUGGAUCCCCGGAAGAUCGGAGUUUUCCUGGACUAUGAGGGUGGACAGGUGUCAUUUUACAAUGCGGACACCAUGUCCCAUCUUCACACUUUCACCCACACUUUCACUGAGAGGCUCUUUCCCAUCUUCUAUCCGGGAUGGAAUGACGGCGGGGAAAACUCUGCCCCGCUGACAAUCUGCGGGAUUAAAGGGCACUGACAGAUCCAGGGAAUUCCUGAUGAAGGGCUUUAGCCCGAAACGUCGAAUUUCCUGCUCCUUGGAUGCUGCCUGACCUGCUGCGCUUUAACCAGCAACACAUUUUCUGCUCUGAUCUCCAGCAUCUGCAGACCUCACUUUUUACUGACAGAUCCAUCCCAUGGUGGUCGGCACGGUGGCACAGUGGUUAGCACUGCUGCCUCACAGCGCCUGAGACCCGGGUUCAUUUCCUGACUCAGGCGACUGACUGUGUGGAGUUGGCAUGUUCUCCCCGCGUCUGCGUGGGUUUCCUCCGGGUGCUCCGGUUUCCUCCCACAGUCCAAAGAUGUGCGGGUCAGGUGAAUUGGCCAUGCUAAUUUGCCCGUAGUGUUAGGUAAGGGGUAAAUGUAGGGGUAUGGGUGGGUUGCGCUUCGGCGGGUUGGUGUGGACUUGUUGGGCCGAAGGGCCUGUUUCCACAAUGUAAGUAAUAUAAUCUAAAUAAUUUCACCCCAUCCCCCUGCCUCCUGCCAGCUGUAA